AUGAGUAAUAACCAUCAAGACUUAAUAUUUGGCUGGGAAGAAAGACUUGUUGAUCCAAGUAGCAAAAGUUACUUGAGAAGCAAGAAUUUGCUUUCAAUUGAAAAUUUUGAAAGACUUUUAAAAUCCUUAGAAAUUGCAGAAUCAUAUUCUUGUUUUAAAUUGAUUAAUGAUCCACAUUUCAAACCAUUAAUUUCACCUUUAAUUAAAGAAUACCAUUCAGAUUUGGAGACAAAAUCUCUUGAAAAUAUUUCGCAGAAUGUAUUAGAUUAUUACUUGAAUUAUAUUUUAAGAGAAAAAGACCAAGUUUCAUUAAAAAUAGCUCAAUUUGAAAUUUUAUGUCUCUCAAUUCUUUUACUUAAUAUUUACAUGCAAUCAAAUUGGACCGGUCCACCAUUUAAAGUAGAUGAUGGUAUAUCAAAAGAUUGGAAGCUUGAGAAGAAAGAUAAUGUUUGUGAUCUUAGUGAAUUUACUGGAAUAAUUACAGAAAGUUGUUUAGAUAAUGAUAAAGAAUUUGGCAAUAAUUACUACAAAGAAUGUACUUCAUGUAUGGAAAUUGAUGGUGAAUACUUAUACCAAAAAUGUAAUUCGGCCCCAUUUUUAACUUGGAGUAUAUUUCUGAUAGAAUUUUUAUCAAAUAGACCAAAUGAUAAUAAUGAUGAAUUUAAUAGUGAAUCCAAUAUACUGAAAUUAUCAAAAUAUAUUAUUUUAGGUGAUGAAAUACCAAGGUUAAGCUUUAUAAAUUUUUGGAAGCAAAGAUUCUACCGUAUAUGGCAGAGAAGUUUAGAGGGAGGAAUAAAAUUUGCUGCAACUCCUUAUUUAGAAAGUGUUAUUCUUGAAAAUUACUCAAAUUGGUUAAAAGAUGAAUGGAAAAUAAUCCCGGAUAACUUUCCAAUAAAUGAUCGCUUCAAAGAUAACUUACUAAGAUCUUUUCAAUUUGAUGACGAAUUAAAUAAUAAAACAUUUGUUUCAGAAAAUUUGGAUAAAAAUGUAUGUUCAAUAUUUUUGCUUGACCUUGCCCUUUCUUUAUCGACUUUUAGCAGAGCAAAUCCAUGUGCAGUAUUACUUAAGCAAAUAUCUUUAAUGAAUGGAUUUAGAUAUUCAUUCACUGGAGCACUUGGGCAAAAAAGAAUGAAUCAAAGAGAAAGUACGGCUCAGCUUGUAGUUCAAGUUUAUCGAAAUUCAGAUAAGCUUGAAGAUGAAAUAAAUAACAAUAUGAAGAAGAAUGAAGAACCUGUUAAAGAUUCUUUAACUGAAGAAAUUGAAGAAAAGAUAAUAGAUCGUCAAUUUCCAGAAAAUGUAUUACUCAAUACUGUUGAUCCAAAUAUUGAUAUAUAUGAGAAUGUGAAACUGGAUGAUGAUAAUAAUAACCAUCUUACAGGGUCUUUAGCAAUAAUAGAACAAUGUGUAUUAUUAAUACAUGGCGUUGCUAUUUAUGAAACAAGUCCAACAAACGAUGUAAUAGCUUAUGAACAAUUGAAUGCUUUAACAAAUAGAAUAUUAAAAUUUGACAUAACCAAAAUUAAGGAUGAAAAUCUUCGUAAAAAAAUUCAUAAUUGGUUAUGUUUCUCAACAGCUUUAUGGUAUAGAUGUUAUGCAGAGCAUCAUAGAAGUAGAACAGCUGAUAGAGCAUGUCUUCAACUCCAAUCACUUGUUGAUCAAUUUAAUGAUACUGAGCCAGGUCCUGAGGAACGUCUUAGACUAGUAUUUUCUGUAAAUUAUCCAAAUAUUUGGGAAGCAAAAAAAGAGCUUGGAAUAAGAAUGAUGAGAAUUGGGUCUGUUUUAUCUGCUUAUAAUAUGUUUGUAGAAAUGUGUAUGUGGGAAGAUGCAGUAGACUGUUUAAUUGUUGCAGACAGAAAAAAUGAAGCUAUUGAAUUGGUUAAAGAGCAACUCAAAGUUAGAGAAACUCCCCGUCUUUAUUGUUCUCUUGGAGACCUUACUCAAGAUCUUUCAUUUUAUGAAAAGUCAUGGGAACUUUCUCACCACAGAUUUGCAAGAGCGCAAAGAUCUUUGGGAAAUGCAUAUUUUAAGAAAAGCCAAUUUGAGCUUGCCCUGGAGGCUUAUACAAAAGCCUCGUCAGUAAACUCUACAAAUGUAAAUUGUUGGUUUUCACUUGGAUGUGUUGCUUUAAGGCUUGAGAAAUGGGAAACCGCACAGCAAGCAUUUAGUAGAGUAGUAUCUUUAGAUCCACAACAAGGUGAAGCUUGGGCAAAUUUAGCUGCAGCUUUAUCUAAGAAAGAAUUAUGGGAUGAAGCCCAGAGUGCAAUAAAUGAAGGAUUAAAACAUUCAAGAGAUAACUGGAUGAUGUGGGACUCUUCACUCAAAAUUGCUAUUAAAAGAGAAGAUUUAAAUCGUAUUAUUGAAUGUUUAUCUGGAAUUAUGAAGCUUAGCUCUCAUAAAGAACGAUUCCCAAUGUGGUCUCUUCCAAAUAUUAUUAACCUUCUCAAGAGUGAGAAAUAUAUUAACGAAAAAAAUAACUCAGAUAAACCAUAUUCUAUGAUAAAUAAAAGUCUGAAUUUAUUAAAUCAAAUGUCACAGUAUUCAUCAAAGCCUGUUGUUUAUUUUGUUUUAUCAGAAAUCCAAAUUUUAAAGAAUGACUUUGUUGGUGCAUAUUCCAGUAAAAUGAAGGAGCUUAGAGGUUCCAUGGAAGUUAUUUUUAACGAAAAGAUUUCUUCUGAUGAUAAAGAAAAGUAUUUUAAAGAUAUACCAAAUAUAUAUUCUGAUAUUAAAGAGAUUAUUUCCAAAUGUAAUGACUCAGCCAAAUCUAAUGAGGAAAGAAUUGAUGAGGUUAACAUGGUAAUUACUACAAUUAUUAAAAGGCUUAAAAUUACUAAACCAGCUUGGUCUUCUGCUCUUGAGGAAGAAUUAUAUAAUCCUUUAUCAUAG